ACAACACUUCAGUCGUCUGACUCUUCACUCAGUAGCCAGUCAGUGACUCAGUGCCAGUGGUAUAAUAUCUUGCGUCUGCUGUUUGCUGUGUUCCUUGGUCUUCCUCCCUCGCGAUGUCGUCUUCACUGGAUCAACUAGAAAACCAGCUUGAAACGUUUAUAGAAAAUGUGCGACAAAUAGGCAUAUUUGUCAGCGAUUUCCAGCCACAGGGACAGCAAGUUCUCAACCAGAAGCUGCAAAACUUGAUAACCAACAUGCAGGACAUAGACAAGCUCCGUAAUGCUGUGCAAGAAGUCCAUGUUCCAUUGGAAGUUUUUGAAUAUAUUGAUGGAGGAAGAAACCCACAACUCUACACCAAAGAUUGCAUGGAGAAAGCCCUCACCAAAAAUGAACAGGUUAAUGGAAGAAUUGAUGCUUACAAGAGGUUCAAGGCAAUGCUGUUGGUGGAGCUGUCACAUGUGUUCCCCAAUGAAAUGACACGUUACCGUGCAGUUCGAGAGGAACUCAGCUGAUUGGUGUCUUUGGAGUUUCAUAGCAUUGAACCUGUUUUCCUAUUGCUGUGUGCUACAAUACCUAAGUCUGAAGUUCCAUGUUAUGUAGCUAUGGAUAAAGUUUAAAAUGUCUAAGAGUUUUAUGUAUGUUUUUUUUACUCAUUUUUAACAACUCACAUUCCUGGAUGCUGUAUUUUCAAACAAAAGGAAGAAAAAAGUGUAUAAAAUGUGAAGAUUAUGCCAAGCAUACUAUUGGUUACACCAUAAAGUAGCAUAAUUACAGUAUAAUAUAUCCAGAUUUUAUUUAUUUUCUAUUGAUACAUUUUUUCAUAUAUUCUAUGUGCAUUUUUAUAUAUAGAAAUUCUAUAUUGCAUGUGUCAUAAGGAGUAACAAUAUUUCCACAAUAUACAAGUAUACAACUAAAUGAACACAAAUUUAAUUUAACAGUAUCUAAAAUUAUUUUUCAUCAUAUAUAAAUAUAGAUAUGUACAGACUAUAAUACAGCUUCCAGGAAUAGUGACACAAAUGAGUUGUUGAGGUUUAGAGCUGAAUGAAUAUUUUCAGUCUCAAAAUUAAUAUAAUGCUGAUUUAUAUUGACUUUUAGGUUAUUGAUGUGGUUUGUUUUAAAAAUAUAGAUUCCUAGUAUGUAGUGUACAGCAACAUGGUUCUCAAGUAGGAAAAGAAAGGGACGUAGAGAGCAAAAAUAUUAAGUGGGGCUUUGGUAUUACACUGAACUUUAUAUAAAAUGUCUGCCAUGUGUUAACUAUUUUUUCACUUCUUGGUAAACUCUCAAAUUUAUCUGUAGACAUUUUUUUAUGCUCAAUAAACAUUUAGUAAUACA